AUGAAGCUCCUGACAUCUCUUAGUUCCCUCCUCGCGUCAGCAAAUGCGUGGGAUAAGGGUUCCUGUGAUGAUACAACGCCUGGAAGUUCUUCAAUGAUCUGCAAGAAUUCAUCAAAGUUUGAUUGGAUCGGAAGAGGGGAGCAGAUUCGAUACAGAGAAAUGAUAAAUAGCGAGUACUCCCUGAGCGCUCAGGUCGUGGCCAGGAAAUGGAACUUGCCGUAUUUGAAUAAAGAAGAUGGAUAUGUCGGAAUGCUCAGAUUCGAUCGGACUUACUGUAAGCGAUCGAUUCUCCGAGCAAUCGGCCAAAACAACAUCGUCAUCAACAUUGGUGAUCGAACAAAAGAAAACUACCGGGUAGAAGCCCAGUAUUACGAGCGACCAGCAGAUGAUUCGACAAAGAAAGAAGCGGCGGUUGUUCAAUUUCGAAGAUCAGGAUUCGUUCAGGGCGAAUUUCUCGACCGAGGAAAGGAUCGAUUCUUCGUUUCGAUGCACGGAAUUGAUGAAGAUUCCAACCCGCUAGGAGUUUCACACGAAGAAUUCCAUCAAUGUUUCGCCAAUGUCGGUCUUUUGACGAUGCAAGAAGAUUACAAAGGUUUCGAAAGUGUCGAUUACACAAAGGCUUAUCUUUUCAAGAAAAGGUUCAUCAUCUUUUGGUCAAAUAAUGCUUCUGAUUUCAUAAACGAGAUAAAAUUAAUAUUUUUCUACUACAAUAAUUAUGCACCUUUACUCCAGCGCUACAAUCAGACUCCUGAUUGGAAGGAAGGACCACUUCCAAGGGACACAUUCAUUUUCGGCCUCCAACACAACACAUACCUGUCUUUCCUCAUUUCUGGCGACGGAAGUUCGCGAGUUAGCGCGCCAGUCUUGCCCAAUAUUCACAACACGCUCCUCAAUGCUGGCCAUGCCGUCAUUCGAGGAGAGUUGUACUUCUUUGGAGGAAGCUACAACGUCGGUACAGGCGGGGUGAAUCUUAUCGCGCCUCGAAGGAUUGGAAAACUUGAAGAUUGUCAAUUCAAAGAACUGUCGGUAGCUCUCAGUUUCGACUUCGACGCUCAUGGAGGCUCCGUUCUCGGACUCUCUGAUAAUUCCGGAGCACUUGUUUGCUUUGGAGGACACUGGGACGUGGAUGAAGACAUGAAAAGAUGCACCAUUUUCGAUGUUGAAGGAGAAGCUGUCACGGAAACUUACUCAACAGUAUACGAGCAUCGAAAAUCAUCACUUGCCUACUACAGAGGAAAACCUACAGCAACCUGUGGAAUGAUCGACUCGAAUCACUCGGCUCAUACAAAAGUAGAGACGUUACAUUUUGAAGGCUCCGAUGUUGAAAACGGCUGGUCCAAUCUGAUCGAUCAUCCUUUGCAGCUGCAUUCUCAUUCGUCCGUCGGACUGAGCGACGGAUCCCUGUUGACUAUCGCAGGAAGAGAUCCUCAUGAAUUGUCGAAAGCUAUCUGGAAGCUGUCUGCUGAGACUGGAGAAUGGUCGUACGUCGGAGAUCUUCUCACGCCGGUCGAACUGACAUCAUCAAUUUGGAUCGGCGCGUCUCUCUACGUCUUCUCCGGCAAAACCUUCCAAGAGGAUCUCCCAAUUCAACGAGUGGAUUUUUCCGACAACGAAAUAAGGACGGAAAGGAUUGGAGGCAUGCAGCAACUUAUUCCACGCCCGAUCAUGUUUCUGGCAACUGAAAACUUCUGCACAGCUUAA